AAGAUAGCCCAUAAACGACGGCUCAUACGUCUGAUUCAAGAUGGCGGCACCCGAGACAUGGUGCGUCCUUCUGUGAUUUUGACAAAAAAUACCGGCCCCGUUCACGCAGUGGGCUACUUGGUAGCAUGGAGAGGCCCGCAGUUAGUCUGCCUCGUUUCAUAACGGGUUAUUAUGGGCCAAGAAGCAGUGCAUCGCGCGCGUUUCAAUUGCUUGUUCGGGGUAUCGGAGAGGCGAAAUCAAAACAUGAAGAGGAGAGAAUUAUCAGAGAGGAGUUCCUAGUGCUCAAACAGAAAAUAUCCCAGCCCUCAUCACCAAAGCAAAUGCGGGAGUUUCUUGUGCGGCUAAUCUACUGUGAGAUGCUUGGAAUCGAUGCAUCUGAUCUACACAUCCAUGCUAUAAAUUUUGCACAGCAGCAAAAUAUGAUGGAUAAAAGAAUUGGGUACCUUGCUUUGUCACUGUUUCUUCAUGAAAAUCAUCCUUUGCUUGUUUUGCUGGUCAAUACUCUACAGCGGGACUUGAAGAGUACAAAUGUCCUGGUUAUUAUGAGCGCUCUGACUGCCUUCUGUAAACUAAUCAACACUGAAAUGGUACCCGCUGUUUUGCAACAAGUGCUUUCCCUACUUGAUUUUAAAAGGGAUAUUGUGCGUAAGAAGGCUGUCAUGGCACUACAUCGCCUUCAUCAAAAGUGCCCAUCUAUGGUGUCUAAUAUUGAAGAGCAUGCCUUGAAAGCACUGCAUGAUCGUGACUUUGGUGUUUUUUCAUCCUCACUACACAUCUUCUAUGACCUUAUCUUUGAAAAUCCGAUGAAAUUCAAACACUUGGUUCAAGAUUUUGUGAAUUUACAACAAAAAGUUAUUAGUGGAAAACUUGAUAAGCAGUUUGAGUACCACAAUAUUCCAGGCCCCUGGAUCCAAAUAAAGUUGCUCAAGAUUUUUGCUUUGCUUGGUACAGAUGAUCAAAAGGUGAGUAGUCAGAUGUAUGAUGUCAUAAACAAAACAAUCUCUUCUCUCAGCACUGGGGCGCUUAUUGGCUAUGCAAUAGCAUAUGAGUGUUGUAGAACCAUAACACUUAUCUACCCUAACAAGCAACUUAUAACCAAGGCUGGAAAGGCUGUUGGGCUCUUCCUGGUAGCUAAAAGUAAUGAUAUCAAGUAUCUAGGAAUUACAGCACUUGCUGCCCUUGUCCAGGUCAAUGCUAGUCUGGCCACAGAAGCUGCAUUCCAGCUAAUUAUCAUAGACUGCCUGGACGAUCCUGAUGAGAUGCUAAAACGAAAGACGUUAGAUCUACUGUGUCGUAUUACAAAUGCCACAAAUGUGGAAACAGUUUGCGACAAGUUUCUCCAACACCUCCGACACACCAACGAUGCUCACUUCCGUUCUGAACUUGUUGCACGGGUAACUGAGCUAGCAGAAAGAUAUGCUCCUGAUAACUCGUGGUACAUCUUAACGAUGAAUGAGGUGCUAGAACUGGGCGGGGACCUCGUGCGACCAGACGUGGCAUACAACCUGAUGAGGCUGAUAGCCGAGGGUCACGACGACGAGGAGCUAGACGAUGAACUACGGCGCUUCGCUGUCCUGUCGUACCUCGAUCUCCUAGAAAAACCCGCUCUACCGGACAUCCUGAUUCACGUUAUUUGCUGGGUCUUGGGAGAAUACUCCUACAUAGUCAGUGAACCAAACACUGUUCUAGAGCAACUUCAUUCUUUGUUAGACGGAAAACUUAAAGAUUCCAAAACUAAGAGAUGGGUGGUGUCCGCUAUGGGUAAACUCGUGGCCCAGAUCGGACGAAUACCGGAUAGCGUGGCCGGGGCUCUUGCUAAAUGCCGUGCUGACGGAGAUGUGGACUUACGUCAGCGAGUGUACGAGAUACAGCAACUCUCCUGCGACCCAAACCUGAUGGCAAAAGUAUUUCCUGUGGACGCAAGCUGCGAAGACUUGGCGGUGGACUCCUCCCUGUCUUUUCUCGAUGAAUUUGUAGCGAACGCACUCUCACAAGGCGCAACACCUUAUCAGCCCAGGUAUCAGCGAGAGAAAGUGCAGCAGUCAAAAGAAAAAGAAGAGAGGGAAUCCGAGCCUUUGAAAUACACCCCAUAUGACCCGCCCGUGCGCCCCUUCCAGCCUGCUACACCCCCCGUAACCACGCCCUUGAUACGGGACCCCCAGCCUCAAGCUGCCGCGCCUGUGACAAGCAAGCGUAACGUCAUCCCAAGUAAAAUAAUCGAGCCUUCGACAAAGACCAAGUCUCCCCAGCCCAAGGGACCAUGGGGUCCUGGGGGCUACGCCAAGCGUCCAGCAGGGUCUGGGGAUUCGUGGAGCAGGUCUGACUCGUCUUCCAACAGCUCUGGAUCGGAUCCCGCACGAGUGAGGACUAAAGGGGAGGCAAGCACAAGCCUGCUAGUUUACACUCACGAUGACGCGCGAAAACAGCAGCUCGCCAGCGAUCUCUUUAAAGGCGUCGGGGACAAAGACAGCUCCUCGAAACAGACACGAAACACUCGCGGUGGUGGUCAUGGCGGGGGAGGUAGGCGUGGUCGUAGAGUACCCACUGAAAAACCGAUAUGGAAACCGUCCGAUCCAGGGGACCCCCCGCCCCUCCCCACCCGCCCGGGCGUCAGCAGGAGCCAAUCACAGGGGUCCCACGAGGUCGAUCUAUUAUUAAACUUUGAAACGUCAGAUGAUAGUUUAGCUGGCAUGGAUAGAGGUGCGAUGGUAGAUGUUGAAAUCCCGUCCUUGGUCAACACAGAUGAGAGUCGCUUGAAUACGAAGGACAUAGACAACAUUGAGAUAAAUCGCGGUUUGGUAAACAAUGAACAUGAUAAUCGGAAUGAAAAUUCACCACGCCUGGAUACAGAGUCAUCAUGUUCACUUAGUCAAGAGGAUGUCGCAGAUCAGCUUCCCGACGAGUGCAAAGGCGGUACUCUCGACACCCCGAGUUUAUCGCGAACGCCAGAAAACAAGCCGUCGGAGCCGUCUCUCUUAGACACGGAAAUGUCUGAUCGUCUUCAAACUCUCACGGUGUCCGCCGCUAGUGCGUCUUCUGGUACGAUCCCCGACAGUCUACGCGAGUUUCCCCACACGAGGGACGCACAGGAGCUCUGCUGUGACUCAAACCUCAGAGUGACAGUGCAUAAGGUGUACAAACCGCAUGAACUGAUUCUCCUACUUUGUCUGACAAACCAAGGUCAAAGCAAAGUUACGGAUAUUGUCAGCAUUCUUGAACCACCGUCAAAUUUACAUGCGGUGCUUGAAUCGAAGGCGGAAAAUCGGAUAUGCGACGCAGUACUAGAAACACUAGAUUCGGUUUCACAUACCAUUACCUUAAAUUUCAAAUCGCCGGCGUUACACAUGAAUUUUGGCGGCAAAAUAACCUACCGCGACUCGACCAACACGUCCAGAAACUUGUUCUUCAGUCACGUUAUUCCAAUAAGUGAUUUCCUGAGACCGCUUGUACUCACUACUGAGGAGUUCGCCGUCAAGUGGGGUCAAUCCGCAUUCGAAAGGCGACAGACGAUAACGUGUAGUGUAUCGAGCAGCGGUGAAUUCCUUAGACGCACAGAAAGUGAUCUCAGACUACACCCAGUUAGUAGCACAGGGGAUAACGUGAUAGCUUCUGGAACAGUUCUGAACGCUAGCAAAUGUCUGCUGCAUGCAGCUCUCUCCUCGUCGGGAUCCCUAGAGAUUUGGAUCAAGACAAACAGCCAGCUACUUAGUGAAGUUGUCAUGAAGCAAUGCAUUGCCAUAAUGCAAAGAUAACGCUCGAUUUACUGCUCGCCUCAGGGAAUAGUAGAGAUUGAGCAGAGACUUUUACAAGAAGUUGGCCCUCGCAAUCUUUCGCCCCCUCUAAUUAUUAUAACUGUAUCUUCUCGGUGAGGACUUAGCGAGUGAUUUACUUCCCUUGAAGUACCAAAAAUUAAUAAAACAUUAAAGAAACUG